AAUAUUUAGUAGGUAGUGUCGGUCGCACGAAAAACCAAUUGAGAAAAGCGAAAGUGGAAUAUAUAUUGCGAAAGAUUUGAUAAAAUUGUGUUAUAUUCCCGUGUUAUUUCGGUUCGAUUCUGUAAACACUUUGUGAGCUUGUGCAGUGGAAUAGGGAUUACAAAUUGAAGAUAUUCUCGUUUUUGGAAAUUAUGUAUGCAAUUUGUGGCUGCACAAAUCGUGUGAAUGAACACAUAAUAAAUAUUGUAGCGACGGUGUAUUUGACUUUAUUGCAAUACAUGCCAUUUCAACAGUUAAAACUUUGAAUGAAUGAUGACCAUCAGUGUGGCGGCUGCGGACAAUUCAUUAGCCAUCCCAUCGGAUGUUUUUCAGGCGAUAAAUACAAGUUUGGAAUUACAAUGUCUACUGGACGGUCAUGCCGAACAAUUAAAUGAGGAUGCGGAUCGAUUUUGCCCCACAUCGUUCGACUCGAUACUCUGUUGGCCACGAACACCUAAAGGUUCAUUGGCUACAUUACCAUGUCUCGCUGAGCUAAGCGGUGUACAUUAUGACAUUUCAAAAAAUGCAUCAAGAUUUUGUAAUUUGGAUGGUAAUUGGGACAACUACACCAACUAUGAUUUAUGCAUUCACGUUCCUGAGUCGUCUGCUGUAUCUGAAUUCGAGCCAAAUAUUGAGUUGCCAACGAUUGUUUACUACAUUGGAUAUUCAAUUAGUCUGAUUUCAUUAACGUUAGCUGUAGCGGUUUUUGUUCAUUUCAAAGAUCUUCGAUGCCUAAGAAACACCAUCCAUGCAAAUUUAUUUUUGACCUACAUUUUAUCAGGAUUGCUCUGGAUAUUGACGCUGUCGUUACAGAUCUCGGGUCAUCCAAGCAUAGGUAGUUGCAUAAUUUUGGUUACGCUGUUUCAUUACUUUAGUCUAACUAACUUUUUCUGGAUGCUAGUGGAAGGCCUCUAUUUGUACAUGCUGGUGGUUGAGACAUUUUCCGGUGAUAAUCUCAGAUUCUCUAUGUACGCUUCAAUAGGAUGGGGUGGGCCAGCUCUGUUUGUUCUGAGUUGGGCGAUAAUUAAAGCAUUUACUGCGGAAAAUGAAAAUCUCGAUGGGCUGGCCAUUGAAUGUACAUGGAUGCGAGAAACGAAUAUAGACUGGAUAUUCCAGGGACCAGCAUGUGCGGUUCUUAUAAUAAACUUAAUAUUCCUGUGCCGAAUAAUGUGGGUACUUAUUACAAAAUUGCGUUCGGCAAACACACAGGAAACGCGUCAGUAUCGAAAGGCAACGAAGGCUCUUCUCGUACUCAUACCAUUGCUGGGUAUAACUUAUCUGGUGGUUAUGGCCGGACCGAAUGAAGGUGUGGGAAGUUACAUUUUUGCUGUAGCACGAGCUUUAUUAUUAAGUACACAGGGUUUCUCCGUAUCGCUUUUUUAUUGCUUCCUAAAUUCGGACGUACGUACAGCGCUCAGACAUCGAUUCAACCGAUGGAAAGACGAACGAAAUAUUCGUAUGGGUCAGACGCGUCAAAGUCAACGAUAUACAGCAACGAGUCUACAUUAUUCGAGAGACUAUUCACCUAGGUCUCGAGCCGAAAGCAUACGUCCAUUAACUUCACAUUGCGGAAAAAGAGAGUCUUGUGCAUCGUCUGCAACAACCACAACAUUACUCGGACCAAAUUCGUACACAUACAAUCAGCAACGGGACUCAAAUGGUGCUUUACAAAUGUCUUCAACUCCACGAGCUAUUAGUCCACUAAUGAAGGGCCUCGAAGAGAAUUCAGUCUAGGAAAACUCAUUUUCUAGUUUAUUUUGAAAUUUAAAAAAAAAAGAAAAAAAAAUGUUGUCAAAA